UAAAAUUUAUGAAAUUCGAUUAGGAGAUAAAAGCAUAGUUGGGUUUGGGUAUUCUUCCUCAACGUACAACCUCCAAGCCCCCUUAAGCCCUUUCGUCUUAUCUAGGGUUUCAGAUUAUCACCAAAUUCUCCGAUUGAUUCCGCUCGUUCCUCUAAUAUGCACUAAGAAUCGAAUCCAUGAGAAAAUCAAGGAAAAGAUCUCAAGGCGAAGACUCGUCCUCUUCAUCAUCGUCUAAACUCGACACACACAAAAAGCCCCAUCACCACCGCGAUUCAGAUUUUAAUUUUAGGGACUCCUACAAUCACUUCACCCCACGUCGCGAUUCCGGCCACCAUGUAUUGGGUAAGCGCUCUAAUCUAGCUUCGUACCAUGAAGCACCUUCUCUACCCCCAAAAUUGAAAAUUUUGUGCGAAAUUGUCGCUCAAACCCCUGCUGUGACUGUGGAGAGGGUUCUAGAAGAUACGGGCAUUAGGGUUGGUUCUGAAGAUGUGGAGAAGGUGCUUAAAUUGUGUUACGAUUACCCAGGGUCGGCCGUGAAGUUUUUCAGGUGGGCUAGUAAACAGUUGAACAAUAGGCACAGUGCUAAUGCGUGGGAUUUGGUUGUUGAUUUGUUGGGAAAGAAUUGCUUGUUUGAAGCAAUGUGGGAUGCUAUUAAGUCCAUGAGGAAUGAAUUUUUGCUCUCCAUGGCUACUUUUAAAUCAGUUUUUGUUAAUUAUGUGAGUUCUGAUCGCGUGCAGGAUGCCAUUUUGAGUUUUGAGGUAAUGGAUCAAUAUGGUAUUCCGAGUGGUGUUGUAGCAUUGAACACCUUGCUAUACGCAAUCUGCAGUCAUGGAAAAACUCGACUGGCGGAGAAUUAUUUUCGAAUUGUGAAGGAGAAAAUCAGGGUUGAUGCUGAGACAUAUGCAAUACUACUCGAGGGUUGGGAGAGAGAAGGGGAAGUAGGUAGAGCGCGGCUUACUUUCUCGGAGAUGGUGGUUGAUAUUGGAUGGGAUAAGAGGAACACACGUUCUUAUGACUCGUUCCUAUGUACUCUGAUUAUGGGUCCUGAUGGAAUGCGUGAAGCAAUGAAGGAUUUUGGUGCGAUGGCUGAGAGGGGCUGUUACCCCGGGAUUAAGUUUUUCAAGUUUGCCAUUGCUGAAUCUGUGAGGAAAAGUGAUGUGAGAUCAGCUAAGGUAGUGUGGGAUGCGAUUGUGGGGAAGAACAUUUGUCUUCCAGAUACAGUGAUGUACAAAUCAUUGAUUUCAUUGUAUUGCAAUGCAAAGGAUUUUGAUGCAGCUGAAAAGUUAUUAGAUGAGAUGGUUUAUCACCAAGCGUUUCCUGAUUCGGAGACGUAUGGUUUACUGUUCCAUUUCUUGAUCAAACACAAGCGGCUGAGAGAGGCCACUCGGGUGUUCAAGGAGAUGGUGAAAAAUGAGUUUGUGCCGCUGCAACAAGACUGCUGUACAGCUGUGAAGACGUAUGUAGGUGCCGGGGAUCCCCAUAUGGGAAUCAAGGUAUGGCGAUGUAUGAUUGAGAAUUACAGUUGGGAUUUGGAUGAAACUGGUAACUUGUUGGUUGUGGGGCUUCGUGACAUGAACCGGCUUCCAGAAGCAGUCAAGUGUGCCGAGGAUAUGAUUGAGAGGGGGAUCAAGUUGAAUUCUGCCACGCUUACCAAGUUGAAGCAAAGCCUUUCUAAACUAGGGAAAACCUUUGCCUAUGAGGAACUUUUGUGUAAGUGGAAGAGCCACUAAGCUUCCUCUCUUUUGACAUUCAGGAAAGCACAGCUACUUACUAUCCCUCCCUUCCAUUCCAUGUGCUUCAACUUUGAAUGCCUACAAUCUUGUCGAUAGGUUUUAUAUGUAACUGCUUCCUAUUUUUUGAUUCACAGCAUAUGCUUGCCUACUUCAUCUCAUCUGUAAAUUGAGGAAUAUGGAUUAUGGCUGCCAAGCUAAAAUAUCAUGCUCACAUGCAUUUUAAAUUCUA